AUGAGCAGCAAGAGCAACAACGACAGGUCCAACGCCUUCAACCCUCAGUCAAGUGCCUACAAUCCUACAAGCGAAACGUCAGGUCAGGCCAUGGCAAGUCGCUCUCAGGGCUCCAUGGAUGCUCGUGCAGCAUCCUUCAACCCGCAGCAUCCCGCUUACAACUCCAACACUUCAUCAAAGGGUGGUGGCCACAAGUGA